GGGAGCCGGGGCCAUGCGCGGGCUGCGCUGACGAUGCCGCCCGGCGCGCCCGCUCGCCUGGCGCUGGCCCUAGGCCUGGGCCUGUGGCUCGGAGCGCUGGCCGGAGACCCUGGGCGCGGCUGCGGGCCUUGCCCGCUCCCCUGCUUCUGCAGCCUGGCACCCGACGCCGCUUGCCGCGUCAAUUGCUCGGGCCGCUGGUUGCGGACGCUUGAGCCUAGUCUGCGCAUCCCUGCUGACGCCACCGCGCUAGACCUGUCCCACAACCUACUCCAGACGCUGGACACUGGACUCCUGGUGAACCUCUCGGCCCUGGUGGAGCUGGACAUAAGCAACAAUAGGAUUUCUACAUUAGAAGAAGGAGUGUUUGCUAAUUUAUUUAAUUUAAGUGAAAUAAACCUGAGUGGGAACCCAUUUGAGUGCAACUGUGGUCUGGCGUGGCUGCCACGCUGGGCAAAGGAACAACGGGUGCAUGUGGUACAGCCUGAGGCAGCCACGUGCAGUGGGCCCAUUCCACUGGUCGGCCAACCUCUCCUCAGUAUCCCGUUGUUGGACAGUGCCUGUGGUGAGGACUAUGUGGCCUGCCUCCCUGACAACAGCUCAGGCGCUGUGGCAGCAGUGCCUUUCUUCUUUGCUCAUGAGGGGCCAUUGGAGCCUGAGGCCUGCAGUGCCUUCUGCUUCUCAGCUGGUGAGAGCCUUGCGGCCCUCUCAGAACAGAACCAUUGUCUCUGUGGGGCAGGCCAGCCCUCCAACACUUCUGCAGCCUGCUCGUCCUGGUGUUCCAGCAUCUCGCUGUCCCUCAGCUCUGCCUGUGGGGGCCCCACUUUGCUCCAGCACAUCUUUCCUGCCUCCCCAGGAGCUGCCCUGGUGGGGCCCCGUGGACCCCUGGCCUCUGGCCAGCCAGCAGACUUCCACAUCACUUCCCCUCUGCCCAUUAGCUCCACACGCUGGAACUUUGGAGAUGGCUCCUCUGAGGUGGACAUGGCUGGCCCUGCUGCCACCCACUCCUAUGUACUACCUGGGGGCUAUCACGUGACAGUUGUGCUGGCCUUGGGGACUGCCUCAGCUCUGCUGGAGACAGAGGUGCAAGUAGAAAUGGCACCUACUGUCCUGGAGCUUGUGUGCCCAUCCUCCGUGCACAGUGAUGAGAGCCUUGAACUUGGCAUACGGCACCGUGGAGGCUCAGCCCUCGAAGUCACCUAUAGCAUCCUGGCCUUGGAUAAGGUGCCUGCUCAAGUGGUGCACCCACUCUGCCCCUCAGACACAGAGAUCUUCCCUAUCAAUGGGCACUGCUACCGCCUGGUAGCAGAGAAGGCACCCUGGCUGCAAGCACAGGAGCAAUGCCGGACCUGGGCUGGAGCUGCUCUGGCCAUGGUGGACAGUCCUGCUAUUCAGCACUUCCUGGUCUCCCAGGUUACCAGGAGCCUGGAUGUGUGGAUCGGCUUCUCAUCUGUGGAGGGGGCAGAGGAAGGCCUGGAUCCUCAGGGAGAGGCCUUCAGCCUGGAAAGCUGUCAGAACUGGCUGCCAGGGGAGCCACACCCAGCCACAGCAGAGCACUGUGUGCGUCUGGGGCCCGCUGGGCAGUGCAACACAGACCUGUGUUCAGCACCACAUAGUUAUGUCUGCGAGCUGAGACCUGGAGGGCCUGUGUGGGAUGCUGAGAACUUUCUUGUGGGAGUGUCUGGUGGAGGCAUGGCCGGACCCCUGCAUCCAUUGGCACAGCAGGAAACUCUACAGGACCCCCUGCAGCCUGUGGAGGUCAUGGUGUUUCCUGGCCUGAGCCCUAGCCGUGAAGCUUUUCUCAGUGCAGCAGAGUUUGAGACCAUGGAGCUUGAAGGUCCUGUCCAGCUGCGUCUGCAGGUGUACCGUCCCUCAAGAGGAGCAGUGGCCCCAGAAGGCAGCAGUGAGCCUGACAACAGAACUGAGCUAGCUCGCAAGUGUGUGCCCAAGGAACACUGGUGUCCUGGAGUCAAUGUCUGUGUACCCUUUGAUGCCUCCUGCAACCCUCAUGUCUGCAUCAAUGGGUCCAUGUCAGGGCUGAGACUUCCCAGAGCCAACUACACACUAUGGAAGGAGUUCCUCUUCUCUGUGCCUGCAGGGCCUCCCACACAGUACUUGGUUACCCUUCAUGGACAGGAUAUCCCUGUGUUCCCUGGUGACCUCAUUGGCAUACAACAUGAUGCUGGCCCAGGUACCCUUCUGCACUGCCCCCUGACUUCCAGCUGUCCUGACCAAGCCCUGUACCUUUCUACCAAUGCAUCAGAUUGGCAGACCCACCUGCCUAUUCAUCUGGAAGAAGCUUGGGCUGGCCCAGCCUGCUCCCUACAGCUGCUCUUGGCAACAGAACAGCUCACCCCCCUGCUGGGCCUUGAGUCUAACCCUGGACUACAGCAUCCUGGGCGCUAUGAGGUCCGGGCUACAGUGGGCAACAAUGUGUCCAGGCACAAUUUGUCCUGCAGCUUCAAUGUGAUCUCUCCAGUGGCUGGACUAAGAGUCAUUCACCCUGUUCCUCUUGAUGGCCACCUCUUCGUGCCAACCAAUGGCUCAGUUUUGGUGCUUCAGGUGGACUCUGGUGCUAAUGCCACCGUCACGGCUCAUUGGUUUGGGGGCAACAUUAGUGCUCCCUUUGAGGAUGCCUGCCCUCCUGAGGUGGAUAUUCUCAAGCAAGACUGCACUGAAGAGUCUAAUGGCACCCUGUUCUCAGUGUUGGUACUACCCAGGCUUACAGAAGGGGAUCAUGCCAUGGAGAUUGUGGCACAGAAUGGAGCCAGCCAGGCCAAUAUCAGCUUGAGGGUGACAGCUGAGGAGCCCAUCUGUGGCCUCCGUGCUGUGCCAAGCCCCGAGGCCCGAGUGUUGCAGGGCAUCCUGGUGCGGUACAGCCCCAUGGUGGAGGCUGGCUCGGAUGUGACCUUCCGAUGGACCAUUGAUGAUAAGCCGUCCCUGACUUUUCACAACACUGUCUUCAAUGUAAUCUACCAGAGUGCUGCCAUCUUCAAGCUCUCGCUGACAGCCUCUAACCACGUGAGCAACGUCACCGUGAACUACAAUGUCACUGUGGAGCGGAUGAACAAGAUGCGGGGGCUGUGGGUAUCUGCAGUGCCUUCUGUGUUGCCUCCCAAUGCCACACUGUUACUGACGGGUAGUGUGCUGGUGGACUCAGCUGUGGAGGUGGCCUUCCUGUGGAUCUUUGGGGAUGGGGAGCAGGUACUCCGCCAGUUCAAGCCUCCAUACAACGAGUCCUUCCAGGUCCCGGACCCCACAGUGGCCCAGGUGCUUGUGGAACACAAUACCACGCAUAUUUACGCCACCCCAGGUGAGUACAACUUGACCGUCGUUGUGUCCAAUACCUAUGAGAACCUGACGCAGCAGGUGCCUGUGAGUGUACGUACUGUGCUCCCCAACGUGACCAUUGGCAUGAGCAGCAACGUUCUGGUAGCCGGCCGACCUGUCACUUUUUCCCCAUACCCACUGCCCUCAGCUGAUGGUGUCUUAUAUACAUGGGACUUUGGGGAUGGAUCUCCUGUCCUAGUACAGAGCCAACCAGCACUCAGCCAUACCUACACCAAGACGGGCACCUACAGAAUCAUUUUGGAGGUUAACAACACAGUGAGCAGUGUGGAAGCACAUAUAGACAUCCAUGUCUUCCAGGAGUUGCGUGGCCUAACUGUGUGUUUGAGCCCAUCUGUGGAACAGGGAGCCCCCAUGAUAGUCAGUGCCACUGUGGAGUCAGGUGACAACAUUACAUGGACAUUUGACAUGGGCGAUGGCACUGUACUCACAGGCCCUGAGGCUACAGUGCAGCAUGUGUAUCUGCGGGCCCAGAACUGCACCGUGACAGUAGUAGCAGCCAGCCCUGUUGGCCACUUGUCCCAGAGUUUGCAUGUGCAAGUGUUUGUCCUGGAGGUAUUACGCAUAGAACCCUCUACCUGCAUCCCCAUGCAGCCCAGUGCCCAGCUUAUGGCCCAUGUCACUGGGAACCCUGCCCAUUAUCUCUUUGAUUGGACCUUUGGGGAUGGCUCCUCCAAUGUGACUGUUCAUGGGCAUCCAGUAGUGACACAUAACUUUACACGGAGUGGCACAUUCCCGCUCGUGUUGGUCCUGUCAAGCCAUGUGAACAAGGCACAUUACUUUACCAGCAUCUGUGUGGAACCUGAGAUACGCAACAUCACCCUGCAACCUGAGAAGCAGUUUGUGAAGCUUGGGGAUGAAGCCUGGCUGGUUGCCUACUCUUGGCCGCCAUUCCCCUACCACUACACCUGGGACUUUGGCACUGAAGAUAUUAUCCACACCCAUACUGGGGGCUCUGAAGUGACAUUUAUCUACCAAGAACCAGGCUCCUACUUGGUGAUCGUCACUGUAUCCAACAACAUCUCUGCUACCAAUGACUCGGCUUUUGUGGAGGUACAGGAACCUGUGUUGGUCACUGGCAUCAGGAUCAAUGGCUCCCAUGUGCUGGAGCUGCAGCAGCCUUAUCUGUUCUCGGCAGUGGGCAGUGGAAGCCCUGCCACCUACCUGUGGGAACUGGGAGAUGGAAGCCAGCAAGAGGGCCCUGAGGUCACUCAUAUCUACAGCAGCACUGGUGACUUCACUGUCAGGGUGUCUGGCUGGAAUGAGGUGAGCCGCAGUGAGGCCCAACUCAAUAUCACAGUGAAGCAACGUGUUCAGGGGCUCACCAUCAAUGCCAGCCGCACAGUGGUGCCCUUGAAUGGCAGUGUGAGCUUUAGCACUUUGUUGGAGGUGGGUAGUGAUGUUCACUACUCCUGGGUGCUCUGUGACCGAUGUACGCCCAUUCCAGGUGGCCCUACUAUUUCUUACACCUUCCGCUCAGUGGGUACUUUCAAUAUUAUUGUUACAGCUGAGAAUGAGCUGGGUUCCGCCCAGGACAGCAUCUUCAUCUAUGUUCUGCAGCUCAUCGAGGUGCAGAUAGUGGGAGGUGGUGGCAGCUGCUGCUUCCCCACCAACUACACACUGCAGCUGCAGCUGUAGGUUAGGGAUGGCACCAACAUCUCCUACAGCUGGAUAGCCCAGCAGUAUGGCGGCAUCACCCUCAUUGGCAGUAGCAAGAGCUUUUCGCUCACUGCACUCAAGGCUAGCACCUACCAUAUCCAUCUCAGAGCCACCAACAUGUUGGGCAGUGCCUCAGCCAACCGCACCAUAGACUUUGUGGAGCCUGUGGAGUGUCUACUCCUAUAUGCAUCCCCCAAUCCAGCUGCUGUCAAUGUAAGCCUCACCUUUCGUGCUGAAGUGGCUGGUGGCAGUGGUGUUGUUUACACUUGGUACCUGGAGGAAGGACUGAGUUGGGAGACUUUGACGCCAUCCAUCACCCAUAACUUUGCUACAGCUGGCCUGCACUUGGUCAGAGUCACAGCUGAGAACCAGUUGGGUUCAGUUAAUGCCACAAUUGAAGUGGCCAUACAGGUGCCUGUGGGUGGCCUGAGCAUCAGAACCAGUGAGCCAGAUAAGAUCUUUGUGGCAGCUGGCUCCACUGUACCUUUUUCGGGUCAGCUGGAUGCAGGUACCAAUGUGAGUUGGUGCUGGACUUUGCCGGGUGGUAGUAAGCACAGCCAGAACAUUGUUGUGCGCCUCCCCACUGCUGGCAACUUCUCUGUGCAGCUUAAUGCUUCCAAUGCAGUCAGUUGGGUCUCAGCCAUGUACAAUCUCACAGUAGAGGAGCCUAUUGUGAGCCUGGUGCUAUGGGCCAGCAGCAAGGUGGUAGCACCUGGGCAGCCAGUCCACUUUCAGAUCUUGCUGGCUGCUGGCUCUGCUGUUACUUUCCGACUUCAGGUUGACUGGUCUAUCCCUGAAGUACUCUCUGGUCCUCAGUUCUCCCAUAGCUUUUUUCGGGUUGGAGACCAUAUGGUAAAUGUGCAGGCUGAGAACCAUGUGAGCCGGGCCCAAGCACAGGUUCGCAUAUUAGUGCUGGAGGCUAUUGUUGGGCUGCAGGUACCCAACUGCUGUGAGCCAGGCAUUGCCACAGGCACUGAGAAGAACUUCACAGCCCGGGUACAGCGGGGCUCCCGGGUUGCCUAUGCCUGGUACUUCUCCUUGCAAAAGGUUCAGGGUGACUCGUUGGUCAUUCUGUCAGGCCGUGAUGUCACCUACACGCCUGUAGCUGCAGGAUUACUGGAGAUUCAUGUGCGUGCCUUCAAUGAACUGGGUGGUGUGAACCUCACACUAAUGGUGGAAGUACAGGAUAUCAUCCAGUAUGUAAGACUUCAGAGUGGCCGCUGUUUUACCAACCGCUCAGCCCGGUUUGAGGCUGCUACAAGCCCCAGUCCCCGGCGUGUAGCCUACCACUGGGACUUUGGGGAUGGGACUCCAGUACAGAAUACAGAUGAGUCCUGGACUGACCACUACUACCUGCAUCCUGGAGACUACCGCGUAGAAGUGAAUGCCACAAACCUAGUGAGUUUUUUUGUGGCGCAGGCCACAGUGACUGUGCAGGUGCUAGCCUGCAGGGAGCCUGAGGUGGAGGUGGCACUGCCUUUGCAAGUGCUGAUGCGGCGCUCCCAGCGCAACUACCUGGAGGCCCAUGUUGAUCUCCGCAACUGUGUCUCCUACCAAACUGAGUACCACUGGCAGAUAUAUCGUACUGCCAGCUGUCAGCGGCCAGGACGUAUGACUCAAAUGGUACUUCGUGGUGUAGAUGUGAGCCGGCCCCAGCUGGUGGUGCCACGGCUGGCUUUGCCUGUGGGCCACUACUGCUUUGUGUUUGUGGUUUCAUUUGGGGACACACCAUUGGCACGGAGCAUCCAGGCCAACGUGACAGUAGCUGCUGAACGUCUGGUACCCAUCAUUGAAGGUGGCUCUUACCGGGUAUGGUCAGACACACAGGACCUGGUGCUGGACGGGAGCAAGUCCUAUGACCCUAAUCUGGAGGAUGGUGACCAGACGCCACUCAACUUUCAUUGGGCCUGCGUGGCUUCAACACAGAGUGAGGCAGGUGGCUGUAUGCUGAACUUUGGGCCCCGUGGAAGCAGUAUGGUCACCAUCCCCCUGGAGCGCCUAGAAGCUGGUGUGGAAUAUACCUUCAACCUUAUAGUGUGGAAAGCAGGCCGGAAGGAGGAAGCCACCAACCAGACGGUGCUGAUUCGAAGUGGGCGAGUACCCAUUGUGUCUCUUGAGUGUGUAUCCUGCAAGGCACAAGCAGUGUAUGAAGUGAGCCGUAGUUCCUAUGUGUACUUGGAGGGUCACUGCCACAACUGCAGCAGUGGCUCCAAGCAAGGGCGCUGGGCAGCACGGACUUUCAGCAAUAAGACUCUGGUGCUGGAUGAGACUACAACAUCCACGGGGAGCACUGGCAUGCACCUGGUGGUUGCGGCGGGUGCACUUCGUGAUGGGGAAGGCUACAUCUUCACACUCACUGUGCUGGGCCAUUCGGGCGAGGAGGAGGGCUGUGCCUCCAUCCGCCUAUCGCCUAACCGCCCUCCACUUGGAGGCUCCUGUCACCUAUUCCCAUUGGAUGCUGUACGUGGUCUCACCACUAAAGUGCACUUUGAAUGCACAGGCUGGCGUGAUGCAGAAGAUGGUGGAGCUCCACUGGUAUAUGCCCUGUUGCUGAGGCGCUGUCGUCAGAGCUACUGUGAGGAUUUCUGCAUCUAUAAGGGCAGUCUCUCCACCUAUGGGGCUGUCCUGCCUCCUGGAUUCCAGCCCCUUUUUUGUGUGAGCCUGGCUGUGGUUGUACAAGACCAGCUUGGUGCUGCUGUUGUUGCACUCAACAGGUCUCUGACCAUUGUCCUGCCAGAACCCAGUGGUAAUUCUGCAGACCUCAUACCCUGGCUGUACAGCCUGACUGCCAGUGUGCUGCCUGGGCUGCUGAGGCAGGCUGACCCUCAGCAUGUCAUCGAGUACUCUCUAGCCCUUAUUACUGUGCUCAAUGAGUAUGAGCAGGCCCCAGAUAUGGUAUCAGAGCCCAACCAUGAGCAGCAGCUGCGAGCCAAAUGCGUAAGAAACAUCACAGAGACCCUGAUUUCCCUGCGGGUCAACACCGUGGAUGACAUCCAGCAGAUCACUGCUGCACUGGCCCAGUGCAUGGUGUCCAGCAGGGAGCUCAUGUGCCGUUCAUGCCUGAAGAAGAUGCUGCAGAAGCUGGAGGGCAUGAUGCGCAUCUUGCAAGCUGAAACUACCAAGGGUACUGUGACACCCACUACCAUUGCUGACAGCAUCCUCAAUAUCACAGGUGACCUCAUCCACCUGGCCAGCUUGGACAUGCAGGGCCCACAACCCUUGGAGCUGGGGGCUGAACCACCCUCACAGAUUGUGGCAUCCAGGGCCUACAACCUCUCAUCAGCCCUCAUGUGUAUCCUCAUGCGUUCCCGAGUACUCAAUGAGGAGCCUCUGACCCUGGUGGGCGAGGAGAUUGUGGCCCUGGGCAAACGCUCAGACCCACUCAGCCUUCUGUGUUAUGGCAAAACCUUGAGACCCAGCUGCCAUUUCUCCAUUCCUGAGGCCUUCAGUGGGGCCCUGUCCAACCUCAGUGAUAUAGUGCAACUCAUCUUCCUUGUGGAUUCCAACCCCUUUCCCUUUGGCUACAUUAGCAACUACACUGUCUCCACCAAAGUGGCGUCUAUGGCCUUCCAGACACAGACUGGUACCCAGAUCCCUAUUGAGCGACUGGCCUCAGAGCGUGCCAUCACAGUGAAGGUGCCAAACAACUCAGACCAGGCUGCCCAGGGCUCCCACAACUCUGCAGGCUCUACCGUCAUACAGCCCCAGGCCUCAGUCAGUGCUGUGGUCACCGCAGAUAACAGCAACCCUCAAGCUGGGCUGCAUCUGAGGAUCACUUACACAGUGCUUAAUGAACGCUACCUGUCUGAGGAACCUGAGCCCUAUCUGGCUGUCUACUUGCACUCGGUGUCCCAGCCCAAUGAGUACAACUGCUCAGCCAGUAGGAGGAUCAGCCUGGAGGUGCUUGAGGGUGCUGAUCACAGGCCCUACACCUUUUUCAUUGCCCCAGGGACUGGGGCACUGGGCAGGAGUUACUACCUGAACCUGACCAGCCAUUUCCACUGGUCUGCACUGGAGGUGUCUGUUGGCCUGUACACCUCCCUGUGCCAGUACUUCAAUGAAGACAUGAUGAUGUGGAGAACUGAGGGGAUUGUACCCCUGGAGGAGACCUCACCCAGCCAGGCUGUCUGCCUUACCCGCCACCUCACUGCCUUUGGCGCUAGCCUUUUUGUGCCUCCCAGCCGUGUCCAGUUCAUCUUUCCUGAACCUUCUGCAAGCAUUAACUACAUUGUCCUGUUGACAUGUGCCAUAUGCCUGGUGACCUAUGUGGUCAUGGCUGUGAUCCUGCGCAAGCUGGACCAGCUGGAUGUCAGCCGAGUCCGUGUCAUCCCAUUCUGUGGGAAGGGAGGCCGUUUCAAAUAUGAAAUCCUGGUCAAGACUGGCUGGAGCCGAGGUUCAGGUACCACGGCUCAUGUAGGCAUCAUGUUGUAUGGAGAGGACAAUCGUAGUGGUCACCGGCACUUAGAUGGAGACAGAGCCUUUCAUCGCAACAGUCUGGACAUCUUCCAGAUUGCUACCCCACACAGCCUGGGGAGUGUGUGGAAAAUUCGAGUUUGGCAUGACAACAAAGGGCUCAGCCCCGCCUGGUUCCUGCAGCACGUCAUCGUCCGGGACCUGCAGAGUGCCCAAAGCACCUUCUUUCUGGUCAACGACUGGCUGUCAGUGGAGACUGAGGCCAAUGGGGGCUUAGUGGAGAAAGAGGUGCUUGCGGCAAAUGAAGCUGCCUUGUGGCAGUUCCAGCGCCUCCUAGUGGCCGAGCUGCAGAGAGGCUUCUUUGACAAGCACAUCUGGCUCUCCAUAUGGGACAGGCCACCUCGCAGCCGCUUCACUCGAGUCCAGAGGGUCACCUGCUGUGUCCUCCUCCUCUGCCUGUUCUUGGCUGCCAAUGCUGUGUGGUAUGGGGUCGUGGGAGAUACCACAUACAGCAUGGGGCCUGUAUCCAGUCUGAUCCCGCCAAGUGUCGACAUAGUUGCUGUUGGUCUUGUGUCCAGUGUUGUUGUCUACCCUGUCUACUUGGCCGUCCUGUUCCUCUUCCGGAUGUCACGGAGUAAGGUGUCUGGUGACCAAAACCCCACACCCCCAGGGCAGCAGGCGCUAGAUGUUGACAGCUACCUGGACCCAUCUGUGCUUGACACCUCCCUCCUCACACUCUCUGGCCUAACGGAGCAGGCCCUUGCUGGGCAAGUGAAGAAUGACCUGUUUCUGGAAGAUGCUAAAAGUCUGGUGUGCUGGCCAUCCAGUGAGGGCACUCUCAGUUGGCCAGACCUGCUCAGUGACCCGUCUGUUGUGAGCAGCACACUGCAGCAGUUGGCACAGGAUAGGCCUGGUUGCAUGUUGGGCCCAGAGGAAGAUGGCAUCUCUCUGGUUAGCCCUUCUUUGCCUACUAAAUACUUGUCAGCAUCAGAUGAAAACCUGAUCCAGCAGGUCCUGGCCGAUGGGGCCAGCAACCUGGUUCCCACUCAGGAUGCCCUCAUAGAAACAGACCUGCUUACUAGCCUGUCCAGUGUUCCUGGGGAGAAAACAGAAACGCUGAUGCUGCAGACACUGGGGGAGAAGAGACCACCCAGCAUGGGCCUGACCUGGGAACAGCCCCCGGGGACAAGGCUCUCCAGGAAAGGACUGGUGGAAGGUCUUCGGAAGCGACUGCUGCCUGCCUGGUGUGCCUCCCUGGCCCAUGGGCUCAGCCUGUUCUUGGUAGCAGUGGCUAUUGCGGUCUCAGGGUGGAUUGGUGCCAGCUUCCCCCCCAGCGUGAGUGUCAUGUGGCUUCUUUCAAGCAGCUCCAGCUUCCUGGCCUCAUUUCUUGGCUGGGAGCCCCUUAAGGUCCUGCUGGAAGCCCUCUACUUCUCACUGAUAGCCAAGCGGCUACACCCUGAUGAAGAUGACACUCUGGUAGAAAGCCCUGCUGUAACACCUGUAAGUGAACGUGUGCCCCGUGUACGGCCUCCCCAUGGUUUUGCACUCUUCUUGGCAAAGGAGGAAGCCCGCAAGGUCAAAAAGCUUCAUGACAUGAUGAAGAGCCUCUUGGUAUACAUGCUUUUUCUACUGGUGACGCUCCUAGCCAACUAUGGGGAUGCUUCUUGCCAUGGUCAUGCCUACCGCCUACAGAGUGCCAUCAAGCAGGAGCUGGAUAGCCAAGCCUUUUUGGCCAUCACCCGGUCUGAUGAGUUCUGGCCAUGGAUGUCACAUGUCCUAUUGCCCUAUGUCUACGGGAACCAGUCUAAUCCUGAGCUGGGACCCCCACGGCUGCGGCAGGUGCGACUGCAGGAAGGGAGCUUGAGCACCAGUGACUAUGGCAUUGGCUGGCAAAGUGUGGCUCAAAAUGACUCUGAGACAUGGUCCUACUCUGCACCUGACUUGUUGGGCGCAUGGUACUGGGGCUACUGUGCAGUGUAUGACAGUGGAGGCUAUGUCCAGGAGCUGGGGCUGAGUCUGGAGGAGAGCCGUGCACGGCUGGGCUUCCUGCAGCUGCACAACUGGCUUGACAGCAGGAGCCGUGCAGUAUUUGUGGAACUCACCCGCUACAGCCCUGCUGUGGGGCUACACGCUGCUGUCACACUGCGCCUGGAGUUCCCUGUAGCAGGCCAUGCACUGGCUGCCUUCAGUGUCCGCCCAUUUGCAUUACGGCGACUCAGCACCGGCCUGUCACUGCCACUACUCACCUCGGUGUGCUUGCUGCUAUUUGCCCUAUACUUCUCCGUGGCCGAGGUGCACACCUGGCGCAGAGAGGGGUGUGCACGCACGGCACAGCCUGAUGCCUGGGCACGGUGGCUACUGGUGAUGUUGACGGCAGCCACAGGGCUGGUACGCCUGGCCCAGCUGAGCAUUGCUGACCGCCAGUGGACCCAUUUUAUACACGACUAUCCGCGCCACUUCACUAGCUUCGACCAAGUGGCUCAGCUGGGCUCUGUGGCCCGCGGGCUGGCGGCCUCACUACUCUUCCUGCUCUUGAUCAAGGCUGCCCAGCAGCUGCGGUUUGUGCGCCAGUGGUCCGUUUUUGGCAAGACAUUGUGCCGGGCUCUGCCAGAGCUCAUGGGAGCCACCUUGGGUCUAGUGGUGCUCGGUGUGGCCUAUGCUCAGAUGGCUGUUCUGCUUAUUUCCUCUGGUGCUGACACUCUCCACAACAUGGCCCGAGCCUUCCUGGUGCUGUGUCCUGGGACCAGGGUCCCUACUCUGUGCCCUUCUGAGUCCUGGUACCUGUCCCCUCUGCUUUGUGUGGGGCUCUGGGCUCUGCGGAUGUGGGGUGCCUUAAGGUUAGGGGCUGUUCUCCUGCGUUGGCGGUACCAUGCCCUGCGUGGGGAACUCUACCGUCCAGCCUGGGAGCCCCAGGACUAUGAGAUGGUGGAGCUUUUUCUGCGUAGGCUUCGGCUCUGGAUGGGCUUCAGCAAGGUCAAGGAGUUCCGCCACAAAGUCCGGUUUGAAGGAAUGGAGCCACUGCCUUCUCGCUCAUCUAGGGGCUCGAAGUCAUCCCCGGUUGUGCCUCCACCCAGCGCAGGCUCAGAUGCUUCACACCCUUCCACCUCAUCCAGCCAGCCAGAUGGGCUGAGUGCAGGCUUGAACCGCUCAGCAUUGAGGCUGGAACCAGAGCCCUCACGCCUACAUGCUGUGUUUGAAACCCUGCUUGUCCAAUUUGACCGACUCAACCAGGCCACAGAGGAUGUCUACCAGCUGGAGCAACAACUCCAGAGCCUUCAAGGCCACGGACACAGCAGACCUCCUCUCUCAUCUUCCCCUGGCUGCUUUCCAGGCCCUCAGACAGCUCUGCCCAGCCGCCUUGCUAGGACCAGUAAGGGGCUAGACCAGGCAGUGGGCCUCAGCAGGGCAUCCCUGCGAUCUAACAAGGUCCACCCCAGCAGCACUUAGGCCCAAGGAGUCCUGGUCGUUCCCAAUCCUGGGAAGGCCUGUGGCUUCACACUUGGCCUCUCAGAGCCAGGGUGGAACACCACUCAGUAUUACCUUCUGCUACCCUCAAGGUUGAGCCAGGCAGAAUGGCUGCAUAUAAGUUCCUUAGGGUACAGGUAUUGUGGCCUUACCUGUCUGCCUAUGGGCUUCAGCACUUUAAAAAAGGCUGUGUAGCCAGCCAGGACCUAGGUCCCCUCCCCACAGGAGGAUGCAGCAGUAUUGGACCAAGUGAGUACCCAGUCUCCAAGAUGCUAAUUUAUUUCCCAAGUCCUCAGGUACAGCGGGCUGUGCCCAGCUCUACUCCUAGGCGGCCAUCUCCCCUUGCUAAGGAUUGAAGCUUGAGGGAGGGCUAAGCUACACUUCUUCCCUGUCCAUCCCGUAAAUUAUUACCUCUCUUGUUGUUUGUGCAGCAUACUUGCCUCUCGCCGCCAUCCCCUUUGUAUGUCCACCAUCAAUAAUUUAUAUGGGGUUAAAAUGUAUAUAUUUUUGUAUGUCACUAUUUUUCACUUGGGCUCAAGGGCCUAGUGGCUGAAGUUACCCGUGGUAGAAGUGCAGGGGAAGCUGCAGCCAAUUACUGGAUCCGAGUCUGGCUUUGGGCAGGUGCUGGAUGGUAUUGGGGCCACCAUGGCCUCAUUUUCCUCCCUUGUCUGGGGCCAGGCAGCACCCAGAUCUGCUGGUAUCAGGUCUGAGCAAGGCCAGGACUACUGUAGGUUGAAAAAUGCCAAGAAGUAUUGGACAAGACCCCCGCUGGGGCUGGUCCCCAGGGUGGGGGGAAGAGAAUGUGUGACAGUGCCUGCCUGCUUUUGUGGGCUCAGCUGCAGCUCUAGCCUUGAUCCUGCCCCAACCCCAAACAGACAAGACAAAGUCAAAUAAAAAAGCUGUCUGACUGCU